CCCUUGGCAGAAAAGCGACACCUGCUACAGUGGGACAGUGACAUCACCUACAGGAAAGGAUCCACAAAAAUCCGGGUUCCCAAUUACCCGCCUUUGUGCCAGUUACUACUCGAAGAGUACCACGAUGUCCUAUAUGCGGGACACUUCGGUAGCAACAAGACGCUCACCGGUAUUGCAAAACACUACUACUGGCCUCACAUGGCAGCUGACGUACAAAAGUUUGUCACCUCGUGUGAUACGUGCCAGAGGAUGAAGAGCAGCAAGCAGAAGAAGGCAGGACUACUACAGCCUCUUCCUGUCCCAGAACACCCAUGGCAAGUGGUGAGCCUGGACUUCAUCACCGGGUUACCAACUACCACAAGCGGUCAUGACGCAAUCCUUGUCGUCAUCGACAAAUUCUCCAAAAUGGGACACUUCAUCCUGACACAUGCCACAGCACACACCGAGGAGACAGCACAACUAUUUCAAGUUCUGAAAAGAACUGAUGUCUUUGCUCGGAACCAAACUCGCCAUGUCAUCUGCCUACCAUCCGCAGACAGACGGACAGACCGAGCGUCUCAACCAAAUCGUGGAGCAACUCCUUCGCGCAGCUUGCAAGGACGAUAUCUCCAAAUGGGACUUGCAUCUACCCGUCCUGGAGUUUGCCUACAACAACGCCACUCACGCCGCUACAAGACAGACGCCGUUCUUCCUCUGUUACGGCCGCAACCCACUCACGCCACAAGAACCAAUAUAUUCUAACAAUGAAAUGAUGCAAAUUUA